ACCUCUUCAUGUUGUAUGGUUUUACUUCUUUUGACUCGACGACGGUUAUAUUGUAUCUCUGAAUUAUAUGUACCUAAGUCUACAUAGAUCCUAAGGAAUAUGCAUACAGGAUGGUUGCAAUUGCUCUAUAAAAUAACGCUUCAGAAGCAGUUUGCUCUUUCCUCUCCUCCUGCAUUUGUAUGGAAUCAUUUACACGAAGAGUGCGGGUAACUAAGUCUUUAUCGAUAACUACGCUCACGAAACCGUUCCACUUCUACCUUGGAUAAUUCAGUAAGAUCCAGUAAGAUUCAACAAGAUAAAAAUAAAAACACAAUGCGAGCCACAGCUACCAGAGCACUGCUGCGACAAGGCCGAGCUCGUCCUGAGCUUGGGAGAGUCCACGACAUAUCCCGCCCACGCUGCACCUUAGACACCACCACUACCAUCACUACCAUCACCACCACCACCACCCCGCCAUUCCUUCGCCCAUGCAUCCUCCUCCUACCCCAAUACCCCGCGGGUAGCGGCAACAUUCGUGCCCUGCACACGACCUCGCCCGUGUGGAAGAGCAAAGCGCCCAAGGACAAGACGCGCGAAGACCACAAGAAGCCGGCGUCCGUCGCCCGCGGGGACGCCGAAGCCGACGACCCCAACGGGCCCAAGCACCCGCCCGCGAACCCGGAAACGCCGCUCAACUUCGCAGACGUGGAGUCGCGCAUCCGCCGGCACGACGAGCACCACCGAGAGCUGCUCAAGGAGCUGCGGGCGGGCGGCCGCUUCAACCCCGUCGUAGUCGGGGCGCUGCGCGUGCAGCCGGACCGCAAGGACCCGGCGACGUACCCGCUGCGGGAGCUGGCGCAGGUGAUACCGCGGGGCGGCCGCACCAUCAGCCUGAUCGCGCACGAGGCCGCCUACGUCAAGCCCAUCAUGAGCGCCGUCCAGGCCAGCAGCGACUUCAACCAGCAGCCGCAGCGCGACCCGGACAACGAGCUCGAGCUGAUCCUGAAGAUCGAGCCCGAGACCCGCGACGACCUGCUCAAGCGCGCCAAGGCCGUCUGCAACGAUUGGAGGGACCGCGUCAGGAGCGUCCGCCAGAAACGCGAUAAGCAGCAUGUGACGUGGCGCAAGAACAGCGAGAUUGGUCCUGAUCUCAAGAGAUUGGCGGAUAAGGAGCUGGAUAAGAUUAUUAAGGCUAAGAUGGCGGAGAUUGACGAUUUGGAGAAGGAUGCGAUUAAGAGUCUGCCUGUUUAAGGGGGUUGGUAUACAUCACUUGGUGGUUGCGAUACGCAUGGCCCAUUGAUGACCUGGAGUAAAUAGGGGGGGUACGGCCUCGGCUUGAUCAGCAGAGGUGUGCAUAGGUAUGUAGUCGUAUAGCACAGAUGUAUUAUA